UUAAUUUUCACUUUAUUUCUACAUAUCAACUAGACAAUUUAAUAACAAUACAAUUUCCUUUGAAAUUUUUACCUCGAAAAUGAGCUAGAAAAUAAUAAUUAAUAUUGCAAGAUGCAGUGCAAGUCGCGGUCUAGUUCACCGUGUCGGUGAUCGUGUUAACGGAUCAUCCAAGUUAUCAACUUCCUUGGAAAAAUAAUAAAAUGCUGAGAGGACGGUUCAUUCGUUACCUCGUAAAAUAGCUGUUCGCGUUCGUAUAGUAAUUCGUGUCUACUAUAUUAAAAACGAGAGUCGAAACGUCUGGUAUAUCUAUUAAAAGAUCUCGACAAUAUUUUUAUCGGAAUUUUUAUCAAGGCCUAAAAUAAUCAGUCAUCUGAUUUGCGUACCAAAUUAAUUCCUCCCAAAUUCGUGUGCUCGCGCAAAGAGAAAAAUCAAUAAUUAUUUCACAUUAAUCUCGCGUACGUUCCUGAUACAGAGAUCAGCAAGAAAUGACACGUAUUAACAAAAGAUAUUUUAUGUUUUGAAAUUAAUUUAUGUUUACCUAAAAGCGAUUGACAAAAAUAAAAACACGAUGACACAACACGGAAGAGAGCGUAUAUAUGUAUGUAUAUACGUUCAAUGUCUUUUAGCGGUGAAUGUAAAUGAAGCUUAAUAUAUGGUUUCGAAUAUUAAGGAGGCGGAGGAGGCAAAAGAAUUUUUCUUCAACAGGUAAAAGGAAAAUUAACGUCACUUCUCCUGAAAAAUGUAUAACUUAAUUAUAAUAAUUUAUUUAUAAACUAAAGGUUAACUCGAGGAAACUCAAAUGAUUGAUCUUAACCUUCAGGCGUGUUAAUUGCGAACGUGUAAACUGGAUUUAAUUCUUAAAGUCGAUCGCGAUCGAACUUCAAAUUUUCGUGUAAUUCUUUCAGGAAAUUAGAAAUAGCGCCAAUCGAAAAACGCUAUACGAAAUAUAAUAAUUACUCGAAUAAAAUUCACUGAGAUCAAUUUUUAACAAGAGAAGCGACACGUGACAUAAACGUGUUAUUGCAUUAAUUGAAUGAAAAACCGCAACUCUGUACAAAUUAUAAUAUUUACAAGCAUAACGUAGUCAUAACUCAGCUGUUUGUUGCAAAAGAGUUUACUGUAGAUUAACGAUAACAGCGAUAGCGAAGAAAAACGCAAUUAAGUGUUAAAUGCAUGAAACUAAUAACAGUAAUUGCAAUCUUGAUAUCAAUAGACGUGUUUUGUGCACACUAAGUAAACAACCAUCGUUGGCAUCGGCUUUAAUUUACAAAUAUCAAUUAGAGAAUGAAAAGAAAAAAAAAAGAUAUUCAACUAUAAUUAAUAUGAAUAUUAAAAUAAUCAUGACUGCAAGAUUUCAGAAAAAAAGAUGUAAUAAGUGUAAUAUCUAUCGUGACCAAAUGUUGGUCGACUUCAAAACUAGGUCGAGAAUGAUAAUCAAUUAGAACAGACAAAGAUUAACAUAAAAAAGAAUAAAAAGAACUCGUGAAUAAUUCUAAAUGAAAUGAAAUUCUAGAAAAGGAUUGUGGAAUGAUAAUUUGAUAAUUCAAGGUGAACGACACAUCUUCUCUUCCUGCUGUUAGAAACUAAAAACAUGAGGUAGCCAAACAAGAAGCACCUCAAUGCCGAGUUAACAGCUGACCCGAAAAAAGUAUGCUUUCAUGAAAAUUUUAUACGACGAUGACGAAAUAAUAACAGAACCCAAGGAAAGUACGACCGUUCCUCUCGUGUCGAGCAUCCGAGAUGGAAUAACGAGAUUCGACUCAUGAAUAGAGUUGAGGAAAGGAAAUUUCUUCAAAACACAGGGUAUGCAGUGACGCGCAAAGUCAAACGUAAUACAGUGUUAAUAUUUAAAAAAAAAACUUGAACAUCAAUUACAACUACACGAAUUGCCACUUUGUUUCAAUUCAUCCGUGCUGAAAAAAGUCGGAGGAUCUGCUUUUUUUCUCCAACUGUGAAAUUAGCUGGAGGAAAAAGCAACUUGUUAGUAGGUUAAUUUGUAAUUAAAUGAUACCUCGGGCAAAUAGUAGUCUCAGACUACAUGCGUUUAUAUGCGCUAAAAGUUUGCAAUUAACAUAAACUAUCAUAGUGAAGACGUCAAUGUGCACAGCAACUUGUUACAAUUAGCUGUAACUUUGACAAAUGACCAAAUUAUACCUAAUCGGAUAAGUGUCACGGAAAGAUCGAUUUCCAAUCCUGACGGAAAGUUGACGAGAAGCAAGCGAAUCGAAGAAAUCGACGGAAAAAUGUCGCGAUUUGUUUGGUCUACCAGUAUCUAUCGGAAUAUAAAGUAGGUUAACGAUUUUGUCGAUUUGACAAAAAUCCGUGAUAAGAGUCGUGAGUGUAUGCGUACGCGUGUCACUCGGGUUAACUCUAUCGACGCUCUUUCAUUUCUAAUUAUCGAAAGCUUUGCGAUUGAACAAACGAGACAUGGACAAACGAAGAUCGUCGACUGGAAAGUGAUAAGCGAUACGUUCGAUUGAAAACGAGAAGCUGACGGAUGAAAGAAAAGUUGGAGAAUUGACGAGGAUCGAUGAUUUCUGUUGCGCGAACAACUGACCCCGUUUGAAAGCUCGUCGAGAAUCGUUUGCAACCGACCGAUAAUAUAUAAGUGCAGAUAACGCACGAUUUAAGUGACGUUUCGUCAGCGAGAGAGCAAGUGAUCCGUCCGCGGCUAGUGAUCUUAGUCUUUACUGGGUCAGACAGUUCAUUCGGGUCGAGAUGUAUCAACGAGUGGUACUGUUGAGCCUGCCGAAGGCUCAGUCGAUCGACAUUGAAUUCUCUAACAUCACGUACGAGGCGCGACCCGGUUUCCGAGGACCUAUGAAAAAGAUCCUGAAAGGUGUCAGCGGUUCAUUCAAGUCCGGCGAACUGACAGCCAUCAUGGGACCUUCGGGAGCCGGUAAAUCCACUUUGCUGAACAUCCUGACAGGCUUCGAGAAAAGUAAAUGGAAAGGACAGAUCAAUUACAUCGGAACGGAAGGUCAACACACGUGGAACGAGUACAGGAAACAGUCUUGUUAUAUCCAACAAGACGACAAACUGCGUCCUUUGUUCACCGUCUACGAGACGAUGUGGACGGCGAUCGAGCUGAAGAUCGGACGAAGUCUCAGUCGAAAAGGCAAAGAGAUGGUGAUCGACGAGGUUCUGGAUAACUUAGAUUUAAGCAAAACGAAGGAGACCAGGUGCGGCCAGUUGAGCGGUGGACAGAAGAAGAGACUAAGCAUAGCAUUAGAACUGGUGGACAAUCCACCGGUGAUGUUCCUCGACGAACCAACGACAGGUCUCGAUGCUCUUUCCUCCCAUCAGUGCAUCAGAUUAUUGCAAAGUCUGGCGAAAGCUGGUAGAACGAUCGUUUGCACGAUCCAUCAACCUAGCGCCGUCGUCUACGAGCUCUUCGACAAUGUCUACCUCCUAGCUGAAGGUAAAUGCAUGUACGAAGGGGCGACCAAUAACACGAUAGCCUAUUUCGCCAGCAUCGGUCUCAACUGUCCCAAGUAUCACAAUCCUGCCGAUUACAUGAUAGAGGCAGUGAGCAAAGAGUACGGUGACUACAACGAUCAGUUAGCCAAACUAGCGAGUAGCAACGAUCGAUCCUGGCGAUCAGACGCGUCGCAGACAUUGAAGAAAGAAACGACGAUGCAGAUAAACGAAAACAAAGCGACGGUGUUGAUUCAACCACCAUCGGAAACGGAGAAAUUCUUCGUUCUGCUGCAUCGUUGCCUCGUUCAACAGUCGCGAGACUGGACCACCACUCACCUGAAGAUGGUUCUUCAUCUACUAGUGGGUAUUUUACUCGGUCUCUUGUACACCGAUUCUGGCGAUAACGGCAGUAAGACGAUCAUGAACGUCGGAUUCUUCCUAGUCUCAGCUGUUUAUCUAUGCUACACGAGUAUGAUGCCGGCUGUGCUGAAAUUCCCUUCGGAAUUUUCGACCUUGAAGAAGGAAAGGUUCAACAAUUGGUACCAGUUGAGGACCUACUAUGCCGCAUCGUUGAUAUGUAGCCUGCCUAUACAAGUGGCGUAUGCUUUUAUAUAUACGUCUCCGUCUUAUUUUCUCAGUAGACAACCUUUGGACGUGAACAGGUUCCUUAUGUUCCUUACAGUAUCGAUCCUGAUGACGAUGAUAUCCGACAGUUUCGGACUUUUGAUAGGAAGCCUAACGAAUCCUAUAAAUGGCACCUUUAUAGGAGCGAUUAUCAUUUGCACAAUGCUGACUUUGGCUGGAUUCUUGGCACUUUACAGCCACAUGCCUGUCGUACUUUAUUAUGUCAGUUACCUGAGUUACUUCAAAUACGCUAUGCACGCUUUCGUGCACUCUGUGUACGGUUUCGGUCGCGAGAAACUGCUCUGCCCGAAGAACUACUGCCACUAUCGAGUGCCCGAUUUGAUGAUGACAGACCUGACAUUGGCGGACGGCAAGUAUUGGAUCGACAUCGUCGUAUUGAUUUGCAAUUACGUCUUAUUCAGAUUCGCAGCGUACUGCACGUUAAAAAGAAAGCUUUCAUCGGCUUGAAAAGAGACACUGACUUAAAAUUAUGUAUGAAACAACGUGUGCGUUUGUGUGUGUGUGGAUUUGGACUCGUGACAAUUAUCACCUAAAGGUGACUGGAUAAAAUUGAUUGUGUGAAUAGAAAUGAACGCGAAUUUGAUUGGAAUAUCAAUUAAACGAACGUACUUAGAUCUGAAAUAUCUAAUCGAACUUCGCGAUCCAAGUGGUUUUUAUCGAUUAUUUUGUACCAGAGAAACAUUAAACGAAUUCUCAACAAA